CAUUUGACUUCCCCACAGCGUGAGUUCACCAGGGAGGACGGCCAAGUUCUAAUUCCCAGCCUCUUCUCACCAGGGCCUCCUUAGAGUCCUGGGGCCCUCAGAGCUAGCUAAGGAAAACCCGCAGGCAGGGCCCACCCCUCACCUGUAUCGUGGGUUGUUGACGAGGCUUCGGAGUGCUGCGGAAAAAGGUUCAGCUUUCCCAUGCACGACCAGUCCCAGGGGCUCCAUGGGUGAGAAGGGGUGGGGGUGGAGGAGGGAGCCUAGGAGGCCUGGCCAGGUCCUAGAGCUGGUGAGGCUAGCAAGGCCCGAGAGGGAGAAGCAGGGACUUGGGAGGCCUGUUUGCUGAGAAGCUGAAGUUUAGGAGUAGAGCAGGAGAGGCCCAAGCUACUGAAGGCAUCAGGGGCCAGACGCUCAGGGACAGGAACAGACACAGGGAGGGGACCAGGAGAAGCUGAGGCUGGAGUGGCCUAUGGUCCUGGGAAGAGGGUGGCUGGCUGGCGGCGGCGAAAGAGGCCCUGGCUGGGAGUCUGCCCAGGCAGCCGCCGGGUGGGAAGCCUGUGGGUUUCCAUGGAAACUGGAGCUGGCCUGAGAAGAGACUCCACCCAUCUCCCAGGCAGGCCCAGGGAAAACUUCAGCCCUUAGAGGGGCAUUAAGCGCCGUAUGAGGGUCUUAGCCCCCGGAAGCCGAGCCUGCCCUAGGUUCAGAGUUCAAACUCCUUACCCUCGUAACCCGUCCCUCCUCCACAGGCACACAGGGUCAGGAUCUGCUUAGCCAGGCCUGGGAAUCCCCCACUCAACAGGGAAAAUCCUCGCCCCCAUAGAUGGGUCAGGGCCCAGACCUGGCUUGUUUGGGAGGGGACAGUCCCAUCCCUGCCAGAGGGGGAGUCACAUGAGUUGUCAGCUCUGGCAGAGGUGUCACAGCCUCUGCCAUCUCUGAAAUGCAACAUUGGGGAAAUCUAGGUACUAGGGCACACAAGAGGUGUAGCCAGCUGGGGACAAGCCCCAGGACACUUGGGUCAGCAAGGGUCACGAGGCUGGACUCGGUGUUCACUGCCGAGUCACUGCCACUUUGUAAGGCCUGGUUCCUACCAGCUGAGCCAAUGGACCUCCCCUCCCCCGCACAUAGCCCUGAACUGAGGAAGUCAUCCAAGCCCCACCCUAACUCUGCGCCGGGAGCGGAAAUGUUUGUCCUUGUCGAGGCUGACUGACGGGGAGACAACAGAGCCAUGACGUGUUCCUUCCUGUGGGCCCAGACCCUGGAUUCCUGAGCCACCGCCCCCGCAGCCUCAAGAUCUCCCCCUAUCCUAGGCCUCUGUGACUUGUUCAUAAUGGCCAGUCUCCACAAGGGGAGAAAACGGGCCCUGGCUCAAGCGCCCUGGGGCAGGACGAAGCCUUUCUGACCACAGCCUCGCUCUACAUCUGCCCCUCUGUCGCCUGCGCUUAGGAAGUUUGCCUCUGAGCUGCAAGACCCUGUCGGCCGCUCUCCCUGAUGACCCCACGCUCAGCACAUGCUCACAGUAACAGGGCUCUCAGGUUAAGCCAGAGCCGGACUGGAGGGAGGGAUCCUUGGAGGGAGAAGUGUUUGCUCCAGCAACCAUGGCAACUCCACAACACAGGUCCUUCCCCUCCCACUUGCCCUUCAGGCCAGUGGGGCCAGGGCUGUGGAGCCUGACAGAACUCAGAAGCGAAAGCCUGCAGGUGACUCAGCACCUAGGAACCCAGGCAGCCUGGUACUAUCUGAUCCACUUGUUCUAAAACACAGCCAGCAGGUCCAUGGCCAGCAGGCCUCUGCCCCCGGGACGCCAGGAGGAGGAGAAUGCCAAAGACUACGGGCCGAAACCCUCACCAGUGCAGCCCCGAGGCCGCCUGCCCAGCAUUGAUGAGGCGCGACCGGCAGGUCCAGGUCCUGGCCCGGCCUCUCGCCGGGGCUCCAUGCUGGGCCUGGCCGCGUCCUUCUCCCGUCGCAACUCGCUGGCCGGGCCAGGCGCGGGUCCUGGGGGUCGGCAGCCAUCCCUGGGCCAGGUGCCCCCUCUGGGCUCACGGGUCAGCUUCUCAGGGUUGCCUCUGGCGCCCGCCCGUCGGGUGGCGCCCUCCUACCGCGCGGAGCCGGUGCCCGGGGAGCGCUGGGAGGCUGCGCGCGCACAGCGUGCCCUGGAGGCGGCACUGUCCGCAGGGCUGCGCGACGCGUGCUACUCCAGCGCCGAGGCCGCGCGGCUGGUGCAGGAGCUCUGCGAGCAGGUGCACGUUCGCCUGCGCGAGCUCAGCCUGCCGCGCUACAAGCUGGUGUGCAGCGUGGUGCUGGGGCCGCGCGCGGGCCAGGGCGUUCACGUGGUCAGCCGCGCGCUCUGGGACGUGGCGCGCGACGGGCUGGCCUCGGUCUCUUACACCAACACCUCGCUCUUCGCGGUGGCCACGGUCCACGGGCUCUACUGCGAGUGAGGGGGAGUCCAAUUCUGCAAAAUUGUUUAUUAUCCUAGGAGGAGGCCCCCCUGGGGCUCACAUCCCAAUAAAUAAGUGUCUGACAAUAAA